GAAUUUGAAACUGGAGCAUGAGCAGGAGAAAAACAAGAUCUUGUCAGAAGCAUUAGAGACGCUAGCUACAGAACACCAUGAACUAGAGCAGUCUCUGGUUAAGGGAUCUCCGCCUCUCAGCAUCAUCAGUGAAGAGCAGUUCUAUGAUGCAGUUUCAGAUUCAGAAUCUGAAAAAUCAUUAAGUGGGUUUGAAACAACAGCCUACUCAUUAGAGGACAGCAUGGAUUCAAAAGAUACAGUAACUUCAGGCAUGUCUGAAGAAAAGGUUUGUGGCAGUGGGGAGUUGCUGUCUAACGGAAUCAAAAAACACAGAACAAGCUUGCCAUCUCCGAUGUUUUCCAGAAAUGACUUCAGUAUCUGGAGUAUCUUAAGAAAAUGCAUUGGAAUGGAGUUGUCGAAGAUCACAAUGCCGGUUAUAUUCAAUGAGCCACUGAGCUUUCUACAGCGACUUACAGAGUAUAUGGAGCACACAUACCUCAUCCACAAAGCCAGCUCACUUUCCAGCACAACUGAGCGAAUGCAGUGUGUUGCUGCGUUUGCUGUGUCUGCUGUAGCCUCGCAGUGGGAACGUACAGGGAAACCGUUCAACCCAUUGCUUGGAGAGACAUAUGAAUUGAUCAGAGAUGAUCUUGGAUUUAGACUUCUCUCAGAGCAAGUUAGCCAUCAUCCACCAAUCAGUGCUUUCUAUGCUGAAGGUUUAAAUAAUGAUUUUGUGUUUCAUGGAUCAAUUUAUCCUAAACUCAAAUUCUGGGGCAAGAGUGUGGAAGCAGAACCAAAAGGCACAAUGACUUUGGAGCUUCUUGAACACAAUGAAGCCUACACGUGGACAAAUCCUACGUGCUGUGUGCAUAACAUUAUUGUGGGCAAACUUUGGAUUGAGCAGUAUGGAAAUGUGGAAAUAACUAACCAUAAAACUGGUGAGAAAUGUGUACUAAGCUUCAAGCCCUGUGGCCUCUUCGGGAAGGAGUUGCACAAAGUUGAAGGCUACAUUCAGGACAAAAGCAAAAAGAAACUUUGUGCACUGUAUGGGAAGUGGACCGAGUGUUUGUACAGUGUUGACCCAGCUACAUUCGAAGCUUACAAAAAAAAUGACAAGAAAAAUGCAGAAGAGAAGAAAAGCAGUAAACAGGUGGGUAACACUGAGGAACCAGAUGAGAUGCCAUUACCAGAUUCUGAGAGCGUGUACGUUAUUCCUGGAAGUAUUUUGCUAUGGAAGAUAACUCCAAGACCUCCAAAUUCAGCACAGAUGUAUAAUUUUACUAGCUUUGCUAUGGCUUUGAAUGAGUUGGACAAAGAAAUGGAGAGUGUCAUUCCCAAAACUGACUGCCGACUACGACCAGAUAUCAGAGCCAUGGAAAAUGGAGAAAUAGAUCUAGCUAGUGAAGAAAAGAAAAGGCUAGAAGAAAAACAAAGGACUGCCCGCAAAAAUCGUUCAAAGUCAGAGGAAGACUGGAAGACGAGAUGGUUCCACCAAGGCCCCAAUCCCUAUACUGGCACACAGGACUGGCUUUAUUCUGGCAACUACUGGGACAGAAACUACUUUAACUUGCCUGAUAUUUAUUAAAAUGCAGCAAGGAGCCUGUGACUGA